GUUCAGUGGCAUCCCUCCGAAGUCAUCAUUCUCCAAACACAAUACGUAUCCGGUUGAAAGAUGAGAAAGCUGGCCUUGUCAUGGCGCCGAUUGUCUGUCGGCGCCCUCCUUCUUCUCGCCGCUGUGGCAAAGGCAUCCAUCGGGGACCGUCUUCCCGAGUUUAAGGACUGCGUGGAGGUUGACGCAUAAUGUAUCCCCAGCAGUAUAACCCCCCGCUGACUUUCCUCCAGGUCUGCAAAGAAUCGAACUGCAUCGCCAAUGGCCCCUCAAUAUCUCUCCAAAACCGCCUCCUCCUCUGGGACUGUCCCUCGGAAUGCGACUACACCUGCCAACACCUCAUCACCGACGCCCGCCUUUCCCAACACCCUCCCCCCCCCGACCCCGUCGUCCAAUUCCACGGCAAAUGGCCGUUCUACCGCUCCCUCGGCAUGCAAGAGCCCUUCGCCGUCCUCUUCUCCCUCCUCAACUACCUCGCCCACGACCACGGCAUCGCCCUCCUCCGCGACCGCCUCCCCGCCUCCUACCCCCUCCGUCCAUACUACCUCUGCUUCGGCUACGUCGGCCUGGUGAGCUGGGGCUUUAGCAUGCUGUUUCACACCCGCGACUUUGAUUGGACGGAGAAGCUCGACUACUUCGCCGCGGGCGCGAACGUGCUGUAUGGGUUGUAUUUCUCCCCCAUCCGCAUCUUCCGGCUCGACGAACCCACCCCGCGGAAGCAGAGCGUCCGCCGCGCGUGGACACUCCUCUGCAUCUUGCUGUACAUCGCGCACGUCACCUACCUCACCGCGUGGCGGUGGGACUACACGUACAACAUGACCGCGAAUGUGGUCGUGGGGACGAUCUCGAACGUGCUGUGGACGUGGUUCAGCAUCGCGCGGUACCGGACGGUGAAGCGCGGGUGGGCGGCGUGGCCGGGGAUGAUCGUGGCGUGGAUCAUCAUGGCGAUGAGUUUGGAGUUGUUGGAUUUUCCGCCGUGGGGGGGGAUGGUGGAUGCGCAUAGUUUGUGGCAUUUGGGGACGGUGUUGCCGACGGUGUGGUGGUAUAAUUUUAUGAUCAAGGAUGCCCAGGAGGAGCUCCAGGGGGCGCAUUUGAAGCAGUAGUUUCGGGAUACACUCGACGUGUUCCCUGCUGCAAUAGUAAUGUCAGGACCAAACGCUCAUGGUGCCCAUUAUUGAGACG